AUGGAUAUCUCCGACAUCACUACAAGUUCAUCUUCUAAUGGAGACGUCGAAAACCUCACUACACAGAUCGAGAAUCUAAAUACCCAAGAACGUAAGAGAUUUAAUAAUUUUAUCGCAAAACAUAGAUCUUUACUAGAAUCGAGCUAUGAUGUUAAAGUCACGAGUGUUGACGAUGAACCCCUGCUUUCUGGUAUUUAUGAAAUGGGCUUUACAACCCCAUCAAAGAUUCAAGCAAAGGCAUUACCAUUACUUCUCAAAUCUCCACCUCAGAAUAUGAUUGGUCAGUCUCAAUCCGGUACCGGAAAAACAGCAGCGUUUGUGUUAACUAUGCUGAGUCGAAUAAAUUAUGACUUGAAAGCACCACAAGCGCUUUGCUUGACACCAUCAAGAGAACUUGCUCGUCAAAUCAUGGUUGAAGUUAGAAAAAUGGGAAAAUAUACACCAGUAAUAACUGCAGAAGCUAUUAGAGUGUCCGAUGCAAAAACUAGUGGUAAAAGUAGGCAUGAAGAAUUUGCGGAAGCGCAACUUAUAGUCGGUACACCUGGUACUGUUUAUGAUCUACUCAAGAGGAAAGUGAUGGAAAGAAAACAUAUGAAAAUUUUUGUUUUAGAUGAAGCUGACAAUAUGUUGGAUCAACAAGGAUUGGGUGAUCAGAGUAUAAGAAUUAAAAAUAUGAUGCCUAGUUCAUGUCAAAUUGUACUCUUUUCUGCUACGUAUUCCAGUGAAGUACGAUCAUUUGCUACUAGAUUUGCUCCAAGUGCAAAUCAAUUCAGCUUAAGAGUUGAAGAAUUGUCAGUAAAAACCAUUAAACAAUUUUACAUGGAUUGUAAAAAUGAAGAACACAAGUUUGUAGUUUUGGACAAUCUAUAUACCUUGUUAACAAUUGGACAAAGUAUUAUUUUCGUUCAGAAACGUGAAACGGCGGACAAAAUUGCCAAACGUAUGACGGAUAAAGGUCACAAGGUUAUUAACCUUCAUGGUGGUCUUUCAACGUCCGAGCGCGAUGAAGUUAUGGAUGGAUUCCGUAAAGGUAGUGCCAAGGUAUUGAUUACUACCAAUGUUCUCUCACGUGGGAUUGACGUGUUGCAAGUGAAUCUUGUAAUCAAUUAUGAUAUACCAAUGGAUGUAACUGGAAGAAGCCCUGAUUUUGAGACAUACUUACAUCGUAUUGGACGUACCGGUCGAUUUGGACGUACCGGAGUUUCUAUUAACUUUGUUCAUGAUCCAGUUAGUUGGGAAAUUGUACAAGCUAUACAAAAGCAUUUUCAACGUGAAAUUGUGAAGGUGCCUACUGAUGAUUGGGAUACAGUUGAAAAGAUUUUGAGAAAAGAA